CGACAUCGGCCUGCAGUCGACGAGUUGGUCCUAGCGUAGAAGAGGGAGGGAAAGCGUAGUGUAUGCGUAAACGAACGUGAGAGAGGGAGAAAGAGAAAGAGAAAGAAAGACCAACAGACGAGCUGUAGAAGAAGUAAGAGAGAGGGAGGGAGAGAGAGAGAGAGAGAGAGAGAGGAGAAGGAGCGCGAGAGAAAUAGAGAAAGGGCGCGCAGGAAGGAGAAAGAGAAAAGCAAAAGGGAGCAACGCCGGUAGAACGCGCGGUGUGUCCUCAUGUCGUACGGCGUUUCUGAACGCGGCCAUUACGAGAUAGCUGCUCGGUGACGCUCGGUGUGUUAGAGGACGGUCGUAGUACAGCAUUGUCGUACAGUCGUGCGUGUAGUAAUUUUCGAAGAUACAGAACGCGCGCUUCUUUCGAUAAUCAAGCACGUGCUCGUUCACGUUUUCGCUUAUAAAAAAGAGCAGCCAACGCGCGGCACAGGCACACACGGUGGUCGUUGCACCGCUUUUAACUACAAGGAGCGUGAAAGGAAGGAAAAGAAAAAGAAAAAAAAAAGAGAGAAACAAAGCGCGCGCAAAAGAAAAUAAAGAAAGAAACCGAGAUCACGCGACUGUUGAGAAAGGAAACACACGACGAACGACUAAUCGACACCACGGCGUCACGUCGCGUUAUUCAACGAAAUUCUUUAAAUCAUUGUGAUCGUUGUUUUUAAUAAGAAGAAAGAGAAAACGAGUGCCGGAACGAAUUAAUCAACUACGAUCGACGAAGAACUACAGGAAGAGAAAAUAAAUUUAAGAAAUAUCGACGAUCGGCAAAAAAUACAGCAGCCAUGUUCGACGUUUUUGGCUCGGUGAAAGGUCUACUCAAGCUAGACAGUGUGUGCAUCGACAAUAAUGUCUUCCGAUUGCACUAUAAAGCAACCGUGAUCGUACUAAUCGCUUUCUCCUUACUUGUAACCUCAAGGCAAUAUAUCGGCGAUCCGAUCGAUUGUAUCGUCGAUGAAAUACCGCCCCACGUGAUGGACACUUAUUGCUGGAUCUAUUCGACCUUUACGAUCCCGAACCGUGGCGGCGUCGUUGGUAUGGACGUUGUACAACCAGGUGUACGAAGUCACGUCGAAGGCGUCGACGAUAUUAAAUACCACAAGUAUUAUCAGUGGGUAUGUUUCACCCUCUUCUUCCAAGCGAUACUCUUCUACGUGCCACGUUAUCUUUGGAAAACUUGGGAAGGUGGUAGAAUAAAAAUGCUCAUGCUCGAUCUAAAUUGUCCAGUUGCAAACGAGGAAACGAAAUGCGAGAGACGAAAAUUACUCGUAGAUUAUUUUGCCUUGAAUUUGCAUUCCCAAAACUUCUAUGCAUUCCGAUUUUUCUUCUGCGAAAUUUUAAACUUCAUCAACGUAGUCGGACAGAUAUAUUUCAUGGACUUUUUCCUGGACGGAGAAUUCUCGACGUAUGGAGCUGACGUCGUCAAAUUCACGGAAUUAGAGCCUGAAGAUCGGGACGAUCCUAUGUCCCGCGUUUUCCCGAAGGUCACCAAAUGUACCUUCCACAAAUAUGGUGCGUCUGGUACCGUACAAAAGUUCGACGGUCUCUGCGUUCUACCGUUGAACAUCGUCAAUGAGAAAAUCUACGUGUUUCUCUGGUUCUGGUUCAUUAUCCUGUCGAUUUUAAGCGGUCUUAGCUUGGCAUAUCGCGCUGCCGUCGUCGCAGGACCGAGGCUACGUUUGAUGUUAUUACGCACACGUUCUCGCCUAUCAGAAAAGCACGACAUCGAAACGAUCGCUCAAAAUUGUCAAAUAGGCGAUUGGUUCGUUCUUUAUCAACUUGGUAAGAACAUCGAUCCGUUGAUCUACAAACAGCUCGUAUCCGACUUGGCCUUGAAGCUACAGGGUAAAGAGUCUGUUUAGAGCCAGUUUGUCAUAGGACAUCAUCAUAGGGGUUAUAUUUUUUUGCUCAAGAUCGUAAAAAUCGAUCUUACGGUGCAAAAUGGGAUCCCCCCAAAAACAACGAAAAUAUCCAUUAAUAUCGUCGUUUUUCAUCUUUGACGAAAGAAAAAGAGAGAGAAAGAAAGUCGAAGACAUAUCAUGGGAGAUCUUUUCAUGGAAGUCCCACCAAUCGCAAGAGUCCUUUUCUUGCUCGAUCCUCCCGUGAUUUCUUUUUCUUUUUUUUUUUUUUUUGUUUCCUUUAAUAAUCAUCAUGAUUAUUCGAACAAUUUUUUCCACGAAAGGAUUGAGCCAUAUCUAUAUAAUGACACAUGCUUCUCGAUAGCGCUUUAAAAAAAUAAAAAAAAUAAAAAAAAAAUAAAAAAAAAAAGAACUGUUAAUCAAACGCAUAGCGCUGAUUAUUUUUGUAAUCUUGCUUUCUUUUCUUUCUUUUUUUCUACGCUUAUUCUAUUUUUCCGUUUGAUUUAUGAUCUAUCAUAAUUCUUAUUCUACUUUGAGAAACGGACCCUUGCGAUUGCCAUUCGACAAUCUUGAUCUAUCCUUCGCACGUCGAUCGCCUUAUAUAAAAUUCUACAGGUAGAUUCAGGCGAUGAAAAAAGAACAAGAACAGGAGAAACAACUCAUGGAUAUAGAAUUUUUAAAAAAAAGAAAAAAGAAAAAAAAAGAAAAAAAAAAAGAAGAAAAAUGUACGUUAGAUCAGCGAUUAGUUAGUUCGAUCGCUUCUCGCCUUUCAUACUGCGCCAAGCAUAUAUAGAAAAAGAAAAAAAAAAAUGUUUUGCAUUUGGUUCGUAAACUUUCGAACAAAAUAAAAAAAAAAAAAAAACACCCCCAUAGCAUACAUUAUGGAGAAAGUAUGAAGGCUCUCGAGUAGCGAUCGAAAAAACGAUUUCGUAUACGUCAUCGUAGAUAUAUAUUUUAAGUAUUUCUGGAACUCGUAGACCUUCGCCGGUCUCCGAUCGUGUGAUAAAAUGGAGGGACGGCGUUUGUUCUUUUUCCUCCUUUUCCCUCCCUCGCUUUUCUUUCCUUUUUAUCUUCUUUUAUUUUCCUUUCCUUUCCUUUAUCUUUUCACGAACCGCCGGUACACUACUAUGGUCAAGUUGUUCCAUCCCAACCAUCCUGUGUGUGUCCAUCUCUAAAGAUCCUUUUUUCCUUUCUUAUCUUCUUUCUUUCUCAUUGUUUGCUGCUUCUACUUUAGGACUCAAAAAUAUUUUCACUGCCGAUGGGACAACUCAAAGAAGGAAACGCGAAAAAGAUUUUUUUUUCUCUCAUUCUCAUGACGUCAUGGAUGUUAUUGUCGCCGUUGAACAUUCCAUUCGUUUCUUUUUGAUUUUUCUUACUUUUUAAUCGCACGAAUAUAUACGAGAUUAAUCUUUAUAUUAUGUUUCAGGAAAACAAAUAAAGUUUCUCGAUGAUAUUCGUUUGGUAAAAGUAAGAGAAAAGAAAAUAAUGAAAUCCUUCAUCAUUUAAUAUAAUCUUAUUUGAUGAAGCUUUUCCAUUUUCGCGUUACACGCCAUUUUCUUCUUGGGCUCCUUUUACAGAGACCUUUGUUUUUCCCCACCACGCCGUCCUUCCAGAAAAGCGUUGUUCUUUUUUCCUAUCAAUUUUUUUUUUUUUUUUUUUUUUUUUUUUUUUUUUUUUUUUUUUUUUUUAUAUAGUAAGCAAUAGGAUCAUAUUGUAUUGUAUAUUGUAGGUCGUCCUUUAUCUAUACGGGAAAGAUAAAUAUAUAUUAUAUAUAUAUAUAUAUAUAAAUAUGAAUAUAUAGUGAGACAGAGAGAGAGAGAGAGAGGCAGAGAGAGCAUUUGUGUGAGUGUGUAUGUGUGCGUGCGUAUGUAUGUGAGAGAAAGAAAAAUGAAGAUGUGUAGGAAGGAAAGAAAGAGAGAAAUGAAAAAAGAGCAAAAAAAACAAGAAAAUAUGUAGAUACUAUGAUACUGAUUAUACAUCUAAUAUACUUUAUAUCCGUCUUAGCUGAAAAGCAAUAUUGCAUUCCACGCACAAAAAGACAUAAUAUGUAUGUACGUAUUAUCUUAUGAACAUAAAGCGAAUGUUCAUAAGGUUUGACACGUGUAAUCGAGGGGCCAAAAUAAGACGAAACGUUCUUCUUUUUCUAAUAUAUAUAUAUAUAUAUAUUUGCAUAUGUAUAGGGUGAACGCCUAUUGCGUAUUUACACGACAGUCGAAUAUUUGUAUAACACAUAUAUACACCUAUUUGUAUCUUGUAUGUUUUUUUUUUUUUUGUAUUAUCUAUACGACGACAUAAUAAUUACCGUCCCGGCGUGCUUAGGGGGUUACCGGAUAAAUAAAUAAACAAAUAAAAGCGUUUUAUUUUUAAGAACGUAUUAACAUGUUGCAUACAUAAAUAUAUAUACAUAUAUACAUAUAUAUACAUACAUAUAUAUAUAUAUAUAUAUAUCGUGCAAUUAAUUAUACGAGUUCGACCAAGUUAGAGCGUAAUAUUUUGGAAAAACAAAAUAGAAUAUUUUUGAUAACCAUAUUGUUAUAGAUCUUACGACAAAUAAUGUAAACGAUGAUCGACCGAGGAAAUAGAAUGAUCGAUUAACAGUUAAAGAAGAAUGUGAAGUUUGAUAAAUAAUAUACAUACAAUAUAUGACUUGUGAUGAUGUAUAUUGGAAUACGUUAUGAAGAUUAUUUGACAUAUUCGAUAAAAUAUAUUAGAAUACGAGGAAGGAAGAUGCGAUAGGUUCUUUCUAUCAAUUUUCAAGGACUGGACCUGGUAACCCUUGAACCCACGCGUUUAUGAUCCUUUCAGAACAUUCUCGAACGAGCGUCGCUCGUUUUUACGGCAAAGACUAUGGAUUGAUAGAAUGAUAAAAGAAUUAAUAUACUGCGAGAUAUAUAUAAAAAAAAAAAAAAAAGACGUAUUGUCAAUUUUGCGCUUCUAAUCAAUGCGCCUUCUAAGACUGUCGAGAAACUAAUCGAAAACACUCUAUAAUAAUGAUUUUCAUGUUUUUCGUA